AUGGCAGCCAUGGGCACAACGAACUACGUAAUCUCCACUUGUGUCAAAUAUUCGCCAGAACUCACGCCCCUCCUUGGCUUAGCGGCCUUCUUCCCGCACAUACAAGAUGUGCCGGCCCGCGAAGCUCUCGGGAGAAUCACUUGGGAAGAACGUCAUUUAGGGUGGGCGCCAGGAAACUGGAUUAGCGAGUCCGACAAGACACAUACCGAGAAGGCGAAACGUGCCUCGUACGGUGGACAGGAGCUACUAAGUUCCGUAUUUUGGGAGCUACCUAUUGUGGGCUUCAGGUUGUGGCUGGUGCCUGAAGCUACGGUACAGAUAGCCCAGCAACAAUUCAUGGGUGGAUAG